AUGUACCUUCACGAAAUCCGACGUGGUCAUUAUCCGACGCUCGAUCGGAAUCUUUUUUGUUGGUGUUUUAUCUUGUUCGAGCUGACAGUUGAGAAAAGCCGACAUCCUAUACAGGUCUAUAAUUUAUUGACACCGAUAGUUGUUGUGAAUACGUUUGUCGAGCCGCUGGAUGAAGUCGCAAACGCCGAGAACGACAGUACAGCCGACAGGGCUCCGAUUGCGUCCUCGCCGUUUGGUAUGGUCCGGCUUUUGCUCGCCGACUCAGCUGCAUUCUCCUCCGUAUCAUCUUCACGGCACGAAACACCGGUGACACCGGGAGCUCGCAGCCCAAACGGCAUUCUAGGAUCCUCUUUUCCGCCAACACUCGUAACAACCCCGAGACGUCUCCAACAACCCACAACAAGUCGCGGCUGGAGCGAACCCGUCCGACAAGUAGGACCUCCCUUUCCGGAUGGUCUUUGUGGAGGCACUGUCGUCACUAUCCCACCUUCCGAGACGUACGGAAUCGAUGUCGGGACUUCCGGUAACGAAUUCUUAUUGCCGCCGCGAGACAUUUCCGUUUGGUUACCUCCUGGAUACGACGGCGACAGUGAACGCCAGAGUGCGACACAACGAUACCCCGUCCUAUACUGCCACGACGGACAAAACGCUGUGUUGGAUCAAGAUAGUUGGACGGGACGGUCCUGGAGGUUGGCGGGUGCCCUGACCAGACUGCAGGAGCAUGGAAAGUUGUCGACCAUGCCCAUUGUCGUGCUCUUGCCCUCCGCCGACGGCGAUUUGAUCCCGGGCGUUGUCCGUCGACGACAUUUGGAAUACGGAGACGGCAAUACUCCCUGGGCACAAGCGCACGGAGCAUUCGUCACCAACACUGUCAAACCCGUAGUGGAUGCCAUGUUUCGUACCUAUACGACAGCACAAGAUACGGCAGCGAUCGGAACUAGUUUGGGAGGACAAGCAUCUCUACAGCUCAUGUUACAGUACCCCGAUACGUUUGGCGCAGCCGCCUGCCUGUCUCCAGCGUUUGGUCCCAACACACUUGCUACCGUGGCUACUUCAAGUAAACUCUUGCAAUCCAAAAAGCUGUACAUGGACAUUGGCGGAGACAUGGACCAGGAAAAGGUUCCAUGGUUAGAUUUUUGGGAUCACUUGACCCCCCACCACGCCUGGAAUCCGGGCUAUUGGUGGUUGGAUACGCAACUACAGCCCAACGUACGGGCACUCAAGACGGUGCUCGACGUGGCACAGAUUCCGCACAGUUACCAUGAGGUACCCGGUGGACGGCACAACGAGAGGGCCUGGUCCCAGCGCAUUCACAAGCCUCUCUUGCAUUUGUACGGAAAGUAA